AAAUAUAGGCUUGCCCCUCCGCAACUCCGAUAAUGACUCUACUCAGGCUUUGCACUUAAUAUUUGAUUGAAUAGUGUGCCAUGCCCAUGCAUACUAUACAAAAUAUAAAGACACAAAGAUACCUCAGAGCUACCUCAGUGCUUACACCUUCACAUAUAAAAGUGAUAAAAAAAAUCUUCGACUAUCAUCUUUUCAUUACAAAACAGGACGCGAGUGAACAUGAGAAUGCUACCAAACAAAAGAAACUAGUUAUUUAGUAAAGCAGCAGCAGCAGCAAUGUCAGCAUAUGUGGCUCAAGAAGAAGAUAUAUACACCAAAGACGGAACAACUGACUAUCGCCAUAAACCAGCUGUCAAAAGCAAAACGGGAACCUGGAAAGCAUGCCCUUACAUCCUAGGGAAUGAAUGCUGUGAAAGACUGGCUUACUACGGGAUCAACACUAAUUUAGUAAACUAUCUCAAGUUUCAGUUAAAUCAGAGCAGUGUUGUGGCAGUUAGUAAUGUCACCAACUGGUCUGGCACUUGCUAUGUCAUGCCACUGCUUGGCGCCUUUCUUGCGGAUUCUUACCUUGGUCGAUACUGGACAAUUGCUGCUUUCUCAAUUGUCUAUGUUUUCGGGAUGACAAUAUUGACCUUAUCAGCAUCUGUUCACGGACUAAAACCAUUGUGUGAUGAACAGAAAGGGUGUCAUCCAACAAGCACACAAAUCGGAGUUUUCUACGUUGGACUUUACCUUAUAGCUCUCGGUACAGGAGGCAUUAAGCCUUGUGUGUCCUCUUAUGGAGCAGAUCAGUUUGAUGAUUCAGACGAGUCGGAGAGAAAAAGCAAGAGUUCAUUUUUCAACUGGUUUUAUCUUUCAAUUAACAUCGGUGCACUGGUGGCUGCCACAGUGCUUGUCUGGAUACAAACCAAUGUGGGCUGGGGCUGGGGCUUUGGCAUUCCUGCUGUAGCUAUGGCUCUGGCUGUCGUUAGUUUCUUCUCGGGAACACGUUUGUAUCGUAACGUAAGGCCUGGUGGGAGUCCGUUGACACGGAUCUUUCAGGUAAUUGUGGCAUCUGUCAGAAAAUCGCGUGUUCAAGUGCCUAUGAACAAGUCUUUGCUGUAUGAGACAACGACAGACGAAGAAUCUGUUAUCAGGGGAAGCCGAAAACUUGAUCACACAAACAAGUUGAGCUUUCUUGACAAAGCAGGUGUAGAGACUCAAUCUGAUAAAAUUAAAGACUCAAUCAGUCCAUGGAGACUCUGCACUGUAACACAAAUUGAAGAGCUAAAGUCCAUUAUUGGGUUGCUGCCUAUAUGGGCAACAGGCAUAAUCUUCAGUGCAGUGUACAGUCAAAUGGGCACACUAUUCGUUCUUCAAGGCAACACAAUGGACCUCCAGAUGGGAGGAACCUUUCAAAUUCCCUCAGCCUCACUAUCCCUCUUCGACACGGUGAGUGUCAUCUUUUGGGUGCCAGUGUAUGACCGUGUCAUCGUCCCUAUGGCGAGGCGAGUCACGGGCCACAAAAACGGCUUCUCGCAGCUCCAACGAAUAGGCAUUGGCCUAGUGAUCUCAAUAUUCGCAAUGUUAUGUGCUGGAACACUAGAACUGAUGAGACUAAAAAUGGUGAGGCAGCACGGUUACUAUCACAUGAAGCAUAUUCCGAUGUCGAUAUUUUGGCAGGUCCCUCAAUAUUUCAUAAUUGGGUGUGCUGAAGUUUUUACAUUUGUUGGACAGCUUGAGUUUUUCUAUGAGCAGGCUCCUGAUGCCAUGAGGAGUCUCUGCUCAGCGUUGUCGCUCACCACGGCUGCACUGGGGAAUUAUUUGAGCACUUUUCUCGUCAACAUGGUGACAGAUGUGAGCACAAGAAAUGGUGGUCAAGGCUGGAUUCCUGAUAAUCUGAAUUAUGGUCAUUUGGAUUACUUCUUCUGGAUGUUGGCUUUGUUGAGUGUGGUGAAUUUGGGAGUUUAUGUGUUGGUGGCCAAGUGUUACACUUACAAGAAGCCUGUUGAUCCAAUAUCUCAAGAUUGAUUGGGUUUAUGUUAUUAAAUUUGGUUUUGAUGUUUUAAUGUCCAAGCUUCUACAAAACUGGACUUAUUUUCUUCAUGUCAUUUGUCCAUUUUAAAAUGAUACUCAAAUAUUUCUUAUACGAUUUCCAGGAUGUUCUCUAAAUUUAUGAAGAUUUGAUCUUUUUUGAAGAAA